UGUGUGUGCGUGUGCGUGUGUGUGUGCGUGCGUGCGUGCGUGCGUGUGUGUCUCCAGGUAAGACCCAGGUGAUGGGGGAGAUAAAGAUCGCCCUGAAGAAGGAGAUGAAGACGGAGGGAGAACACCUGGUCCUGGAGAUCCUGCAGUGUCGUAACAUCACCUACAAGUUCAAGACCGCAGACCACCUCCCUGACCUCUACAUGAAGCUGUACGUGGUGAACAUCGCCACCCAGAAGAGGAUCAUCAAGAAGAAGACGCGCGUGUGUCGUCACGACCGCGAGCCGUCCUUCAACGAGACGUUCCGCUUCUGCAUGAACCCCACCGGACACGCGCUGCAGCUGUUUCUGGUCUCCAACGGCGGAAAGUUCAUGAAGAAGACUCUGAUCGGCGAGGCGUACGUGUGGCUGGACAAGGUGGACCUGCGGAAGCGCGUGGUGAGCUGGCACAAGCUGCUGGCCAGCACCGCCCAGAUCCACUCCUAAGGAGACCGGCGGGCGCCAGAGGGUUGACGCAGCUAACCACAGGGGGGCGACGUGGAGCAGCACGGGGGAGAACCCGGACGGGGAACACGUAGCCUGGGUGAAUGAUGAGUACAGACGCCCCCUCUCCCCUCACCACACACACACACACACACACACACACACACACACACACACACACACACACACACACACACACACACACACACACACACACACACACACACACACACACACUUCUGAUUCUUUGAGGGAUCUUUCGGGGAGGAGGGGUCUAGAUGGGUGCGGGGGUGUUGGUUAGGGGGGGGUGUUGUCUCUUCAUUUCGGCUUCCCUUCUGCUGUGGUGGUUGUUGGGGGCUUUCUGUUCCUUCUUUCGUCUCUUGUCUUUUUUUCUUUGUUUUCGGCGAUCCGAAGCAAUUGGGGAGUUGGGAGGAGGGGAGGGGGGGGGGGGUGUUUACAGGAGACGGACACAUGUUUACAGGAAGUAGGUGAUGAGGUUUGUGUUGGACAUGGGAUUCAAGAGAGGAAACGCAAGAAAACGCAAGAAUCAACCAGGUAUUACAUACUUUCUUACUUCACUCACACACACACAUGCGGCACGCACCAUCACGUGCACGUGCAAACACAAACACACACGCACACACACACACAUACACACACACUUACCCCACUCUUCGCCCAGCAGUUCUGUACAGUACCGCCAAAACACAGGCGAAAAUCGAAUGGAAACAGGGAAUAGACAAAUCUCAAAUGUAUUUAUUUAUUUAUUUAUUUAUUCAUUCAUGUAUCUAUGUAUUUAUUUAGAUGUUUUAUCCACAAAUGAAAGUUUAAGCAUUUAAAACGACUCUUCUUGUUGCUUUACGAUGAUCCGGAAAUGACAUGUUGAAACUUAAAAGACUAAGGGAGAACAUGUCAUUUGUUUAUUUUUAUAUUAUGCCCAGAGUAUAGAGUUCUAUCAUUUGUCUUCUCCUCAAUUAUUUGUUUGUUAUGCCACGCUUUAGAGCAUUCCAACAUACUUGAGAUUGUGAACUUCUUCUCAAAAUAAACAAAGGAAUUGUUGGCUGCUUAAAAGCCCUUAAAUCCCUAUUCAGCCUAAUUAUGAAUUCAGUCCCAGCAGAGGAUGUUCAUAGAUCUGAUUAAAAGGUAUAUUGAUAUAGUGUGCACAUUGAUCCGUGUCUCUGAUAUGUAGUACCACAGUAUCAAUACCAGUUAGGUUUUCACUUUUUUUAUAGUGAGGUGAGAUGUCAUUGUCGAAAGAAAGAAUAAUAGAAUAUAUACUGUAGGUAUAUCAGAUAUAGGCCUAGUUAUCUUUACCACUGCCAAUCCGGUCUCGAUAAUUGUGUCAUAUUUAUUAUGAAGCCCCCUAUUUAGACAUUUGAAAUAAAACAUUUGAACAUGCUAUGUAUAUAUUAUUUAUUCUCUUUAUUUGUAGCUUGAAUGCAUAUUGUAAUUCAGGCACAUUGCUUCUUAUUUCCUCUUGCUUCAAAACGUGGCUACACUAUUUCAGAAAAACACCUUUUAGUUGACUUUAUUUGCACGUUCUGCUAAGAAUGUUAAGCUGUUAAUGUCCCGUGUGAGUUUUGUGAGGCGGAGAAUGAGAGAGGUCAAGCAAAACCAAUUCAACAGGAAUUGAAUAAUAACAACAAAAAGAGGUUAAACUGUCUAACCGGUUAUCCAAAGUAUUUGCAAAUGUUAUUUUUUUACGUUUAAACUUUGGUAGUAUGGCUAAUGUGCUUACUGUUUGGGUUAAUGUUAAACUUUGCUUACAUGCCUGUGUCCUUUUCUUAAUUUUCUGUUUUUCUAGUGUUUGUUUUUUUUACAUUGAAAUCCUCUAAACUGAUGACCGAGUUUCUGUUGACGACCGUGACCAUGACAACCGUCCUGAUCGUUUGUUUCGUUCAUCAGGGUGGUCCCCCUUCAGCAUUUGGUCAGUGACAUGUUUUCAACAUCACAAUCCUUUGAAAGGGUAUACGUGACAAUAUCACAUAACCUCGAACACAUGAGGAUGUCCAAGGUCGCCCACAACACGACUCAACAACUCGAUCACCGUUCAUAUCCUUGCUUAUGCCAAACACAGAACACUUAUUCCAACACGUGUAUCCCACUAAUUUCUAUGCAACAUACAUACAAUGUUGUAACCACAUCUCACCAUACCUGAAUUGAUCUACUAAAUGCUGACACUUGGAGGGAGACAGAUGACCCAAUGUCCAUUUUAUUAUCAUGUUUUAUUUAUUACAUGCAGGUGUUCAUGUUUCAGUUUCACUUGCGCAUUUAAUCUCUGCUCACUUCAUUUGACCUCAAAUUUUGACCUUGUUUACUAAAAUCCUUUACUUUGUAUCGCGAUAUGCAAAUGUGUUUAUGAACCAUGUGACCUUACGUUAUUAUUAUUUUAUUUGUUUCAGCAUUUAGUGCUUGUUUACAAUGUUACCUCAAUCUCAGAGAAUUAACUUUUUUGGCCUUUCACACACACACACACACACACGGACACACACACACACGCACACACAAACACACAGAUGUGCAAUAUAAGUUAUGUUUCCAUUCAAUUGAAAGGAAUAAUUUCCCCACAUUAAUAAUAAUUAUGAAUAAGUUUUUCUUCAAUUUGUAUUUUUAUUAUUUUUCAUAGCAAUGUGCUUACAUGUGUAGCAAUUUCAUUUAAACCAUACAACGCAUGGCAUCUGCUGUAACGCAUAGCUUUCAGUCGCUCAGACACACACACAAACACAUACAGAGUUACAUACUUGUGCACUCAAAAGAAGAAGAAUCACUCAGUUGCCAUCUCUCUAUUUCCCACCAUGUAAAUACAGACCUUUUUGUACCAGGGAGAUGUGGCCGGGCUGGGGGGGGGGGGGGGGGGGGGGUAGGCUGUAGGUCAUCGGCCAUCAGAAGUAACAGCUCUGCGACUGAAACCACGGGAACCUUGACGUCUGUACGGACGCUGAUUAGGCCCCGCCCCUUGUCAUUCACGUCACAACCACUAACGGUUCACUAACGAGUCUCCCAACACACCGACCGUCUAUCUUAAUAACUCAAGUAGUUGCAGGAGAAUUUAAAUGUGCUCACCAUUGGAUGUUGCAUGUUUCGUUGGUGGUUCAUACUAUUUUUGUGUCCAGAUACUAUAAAAAAAUAUAAAAAUAAACUAAGAAGAAUAACGAGUGGGGCGAUAGAGACUCUAUGAUAGAGACAGAUAUAGUACACAAUAUAGAGAGUUAUAGAAAGCGUUAUAAAGAAGAAAAAAAUAAAUUAUUUAAUGACGUAUGCUGACUGUACAAAGAUUAUGCUUGUAAAACCCGUCUGGUUUUCCACUUGUACGUAUAAGCAGAAAAAAAUAAUCUACUGUCAUGGUUUUGUGAUUGUACACAGAAGGUAUUGAUAAAUUAUGCAAAUUGUGCUGUAUAAAUGGCUGUUGCCCCAUGUCUAAAUAUUAAAUAUCUGUACAAAUGAA